GUGGAAGUGUUUAGCUGACGGGUUCGACACGAAGUCCCUUCAUGACUUAUGAUUGAUUUGUUCACUCACGUCAUGAAUUAGGACUGUACCGUGAAAUCGCAAAGCCACAUUGUAAGGUACGUUUUUGAUUCUAAUCGGCAACUAAUGCCGACUUGAUGCCGGUGGUGAACGUCAUCUCUAAUGCCACCUCCUUUCAAGGAUUGAUAAUAUACACAGCGCCGGUAGAUCGGCAUGCGGCAACUCGGCAAAUUUGAUUCUCAUCAAGCGGACAUCUAAGGACGAACGGGACACACUUCUGUAACGCCGAUGACUUUGGAACGAUCAGCCUUCUGUGUUCCUAAAAGCAAAAGCGAAGCGGGUAACAUCUUCGACACUGGCCCGCCAACUUUUGCGUACAUAAUCAAGCUUAAUAGAGUGGGGUUGUAUGAAUAAAGGACUAGCUUCGACCGGGCAAAGGUCAAAUCUAAAAUGAACGUGUUGGAUCGAGUUCGCCCUGGCCUUGGUGAGAAAGUUCUGUACGGUGUUCAGGAUGAGUGCGUGUGUUUUCGUCUUCGUCACGAGGAGCACCGUUCUAUCCUUCGAACACUGUUUGUGCAUGUUCUUCUGGGUUUGCUUUGUCACUCACAGUUAUUGAUAUUAACUGUAUUAGACACUGUGUACAUUACGCGUUCAUUGCUGAUCAUAGGUUUUGGUAAAAAGUUCGCCUAGGGCCAAUCAAUCCUCACCAAAUUGUAUACGUAUUAAGUAGAAACAUUUACCAAUAUCAUAAUAAAACUUUACAACAUUCAAAUUCCAAAUGCCUGAGUAAAAAAUGACUUCCGUCAAAUCGACACUCGCGCAUUGAUAUGGCCCGAUCUACGAGUUCUAAACUGACCAGUGAGACCACAUUUUCUUUAAGAUAUUGUCAAAAAGUAUAUUGCUGUGAUGGCCUGACUCUGUAGAUUUAGAAUCAAUCACAGAUUGAGAACUAAUUCCACUUUAAUCCAUCCCAGCCAUGUAUUUACCACAACUUGACAUUUUAAUAAGCUCUAAGCGCCACACCUCCGGUCUUGGAUGAAUACAUGUCUCUGCCCAUCAAGGGAUUAUUUUUGUCUUUGGGAUCCGUGGCUCUUCAAGUUUGGAAAGUGUCGCACCGAAGAGUAUUCAUGCGUGCAUGUCACGCAUGCAUCAAGUUAUGACCAAUUCGAGUGUUACAUUCUUAACUACUACGACAGAUUCAAACAGCAAGAGAACGAUGGACCUUGUUGAAACCACGACCAAGGUCGAGAGGUCGGAGAUCGCAUCAUCAUUUCUAGGACUCCUCAACAAGUUCUUUGGAGCCUACCUAAUGCUGGUGGUCAUAAUCUUUGGGCUCGUUGGCAACAUGUUCUCCAUUAUCAUCUUCGUAAGGCAAAGAAGGAGGAACACGGCAGCAAGCGUGUACCUAGUGUCGUUGGCUGUGUCAGAUACCGGGAACCUGGUCAUGAGUUUUCAGACCUGGCUUCAUAAUGGUUUAUUUUACGUCACAAACGGAGAUAUUAACAUCGCGUCUGGCGCCACAGAUAUUGGUUGUCAACUCCGAAUCUUCGUUUGGAAUUGUUUUGUGUUUAUGUCGGGGUACAUCAUCAUCGCUUACAGUAUAGAACGCUGUGUAGCGGUUUGGUAUCCUUUAAAGGUGGCAAGCCUCUUCACUAGUCGACGGCGGAAUAUCAUUCUCGUCAUCCUUUUAUUAAUCUCUUUUACGUUUUACUGUCCAGCGUUUUUAACUUAUGUGUCGUCCACGAUACAAAUCCAAGGCAUUACCAGGCGGUUAUGUUCGAAAGAGCAAGGCAUUCUUCCAACCUGGAUAUUGGAAGCCUUUACUGUCUGGCUAUUCAACACCAAUAUGGUUGCUCCUGUCUGUAUCGUCUUCAUCAUCAACACUCUGAUUGUAGCUGGAGUUUUCCGAGCAAGCAAUAACAUGCACUUUGUUAAAGACUCCAAGACUGAAAUACUGCAGAGAAAACUAGUCAAAAAUCUGUUCAUCAUUUCUUUGAUAUACUUCCUUUCAAUGGCCCCGUAUGUUAUAUUCCGCUGGGUUGAUUUGAUUACAGGUGCCCCGGUAUACCUCCUCGAAUGGUCAACCGCAAUCUCGAAUUUCAUUGUUUUCAACUAUGCGGUUAAUUUCAUCAUCUACUUGUGUACAUUGAAGUACUUUAGGGAUGACGUCAGAUAUUUAUUCUGCGGACGCAUAUUAGAUGAUGAAGAACGCGGGACCUAACCAUGGUGAGUUAGUUAUUAUUGAAUAAAACAUCGCCGACAUUCAUAGACAUGACGAAGUAGGCUACUCCUAGUUUUAAUAACUAAAUAUAAAAACGAAAUAAGAAAACCGACAAUCAAUAAUAUGAUUGAAUUAUAUACAUGAAUUAUGAUAUGAACUAAUAUUAUCAGUGCAGUGCCCUAGUAAGCGCGCAGCGCCUUUAGGUUGGGGGGAAACCCCCCAAACCCCCUGGUUGGGAACCUGCUAUAGUUCCUUCCGCCAAUUUUUUGUUUUGAUAGACAGUUUUCUCCGUGUAUCGCUUUAGCAGUAACUCAACUCCAUCAUCAUUAAUAGCCGGCAAAGAAAGCCCCCCCCCUAACCCCCGUCCUUCUGACAUGUUUUAGCUAGUGCAUUGGGGGAAGGCCCCUCAACCCCCCUAUUGGCCUCUCAAUAAGUCCUUCUGAGCUGCUUACCCCGGGGCGCUUGAGUGGAACCUCCAAACCUUCAUGAUGGUGCAGGCCUUUGACACGUUUAACCCAGAGCGAGGAAGAGGUACUCCUUCGAUGGUACCUAAACUGCAACCCUCAACCAUCAUUACCCUUCCUUUUCACUGGCAUGAUAUUGGCAAGACUACCAAGAGGUCGUACUGGUGGCUUCCUUGAGACAAUUGCUUGUGGUCGUACCUGGGCAACCAAUUCAAGGGGUCAGGGAUCAGGUUUUUCCCCCACCAACAUGUUGCCGAAUGGUUAAUGCAUAAAAAAUUGGUUGGAAAGGGUUUUUGCAGGCCAAGAGACUUGAAGACACUUGACUCUUGAGGAACACCAGACUGAUGAACAAAGAACCUAAAGAACAUAGAACCCUCUUCAUACCUGGGAGCAUAAAAAGCCUGCUAGGGAAUAUUGAUUAUUCUUUAGAAAAAACCAGAAGAUCUGCAAAACCAAUGGUACCCCAUAAAAACAUACAUUCCUCCUUAAGGUGUCUUCGGAUUCCACCACGGCCCAUGUGGAAUUCGUUUAAAAGGUUUAUUGAAAUCUCAAAAUAAAAUUUUUUUCCUCGAACGCCUGCCCGUCUUUUGCUUCAUUAUUUCGGGAUUAUAUCCAUUUUAAGCAUCUUUUGGAUAUUAUCACUAAAGUAUCAAAAAUCAAAACACAUAUGUCGGGGGGGGGGGGGCAAACCCCCAGCAAUUGAAGUUUGAUUAAAAAAAAGUGAGAAUAAUCGUGUGGUUCUCUCUCGGAGCUCAGAAUAGUCGAGUUGCUUCAUUCGCGCGUUUAUCUCUUCUGGCGGCCAUUUUAAGUCAAAUUUAAGCCAUUUGAAACGAAUCCAUGGACUUGAGAAACAUUGUUUACAUUGGAUACGUCGUAUGCACGUUAACCAUAGUAGCGCUUCGCAGAAAAGCUUCGGCUUUUCUGCUGCGCGCUUAUAACGUAUAAGAAAAUGAGGGCAUCAGCUUGCAGCUCAUAUAUUGUAGAAAUUUACAACGAAGUUACCACAAAUCUAGGUGUCUUUAAUGAGAAAUCACUUACACGUGGUAAAAACUUUCCCACAAAAAUAGUUGCAAGGUAAGCAAUAUAACUGACACUAGUGUGUUCUCACCCCCAACCACGAAACGCCAACAUGAACUUAUAAUCGCGUGCUUUCUGCUUUUACUAUGGGACGAUAAUAAUACUGCUCCGUCUUCUUCAAUAUUCGUGGUCGUGCCGUCAUCAACUUGACAGUGACGUUGUCCAUGAAGUAGUUCCCGACGGUGAAGUAAUCCUUGGUGUGCUUCAUCCUUUUCCUUAGUCUUUUAAACUUAAAGAAUUUCAAAAUAUAGGGCUAUAAAAUUUGAAUUACGCAUCUGCUCAUCUUACACAAUAACAUUAACAUACUACGGAUUAAAUAAUGCACUUAUAGCCAACAACUAAUCGAUACCGAUUCUUAUUUCCGGCAGCUUUUGCGUUCAUCGGUCGUUUCGGCAGAUUCGAAUUACACCGCCGAUCACGCGAAGUAACCAUUGGUUCAUGUAACUUUAAGGAAACGACAAAAGCUAGCAUUGGUGUGCUAUUGAAACUUUAGUUUCAACGAAUCGCGCUGUAAAAUUGUUGAAAGACCAAGGCGUCUAUUGUCCAUGUCAUUAGAGGAGAGUCGAAAUUUGAGCCUCAGUACAAGUACCACCCGUUUCUGAGAUGCAUCACAUGCAGAUAUAUGGAAGUCAAGAAAGGCGUUGGUUGAAGUGUUUAGUUGACGGGUUCAAAACGAGUCCCUACAUAAGUUAUGAUUGAUUGGUACACAAAUAUACGUCAUAUAGGAGACUGCAUCGAAGAAUCGCAAAGCCACAUUGUAAACAACGUAUUCGAUCAUAAUCGGCAACUUGCCCAACACUGAUUCUAUUGAUACGGAAAACUUGGAAGACAAACGGACGAUUUGGCUUGUACAGUGACGACAAUUGUGAAGCCGGCCAAACUUGUGUCCAAUACCUUUUCGUAUGUGGACGCCGAAGACUUUGAAACUAGCUGCCUUCUGUGUUUCUCUCAACGCAAAAGCAAUGCGAAGUGAACAACAUCUUCGACACUGGUCCGCCACCUUUCGCGUACAUAACCAAGA